CUUCUGGUUCCUCUCCUCUUCGUCAGACCAAGCGACACGCACAAGCGCACAGCCACGGUGAGAAGAAGAAGCCCAUCCACCAGGCACCAGCACAAGGGACAAACGAUCCGGAGCGGAGUUCAGUCCAGUCUCGGUCUAGGUCCAUGGGUGCGGGAAAAGGAGGAGACGGCGGCGGCGGUGGCGGCGAGGCGGCCGCGGCGGCGCCUGAGGCCGCGCAGCCCGUCGUGCUGAAGAUGGAACUGCAUUGCGCCGGCUGCGCGCACAAGGUCAAGAAGGCUAUUAAGCGCGUUCCUGGUGUCGAGUCGAUCGUGACGGACGUCGCGGCGAACAGGGUCGUCGUGGCGGGGACGGCAGACGCCGGCGCGCUCAAGGCGCGGCUCGAGGCGAAGACCAGCAAGCCCGUGGAAGUCGUCUCCGCCGGCGGCGCCCCCAAGAAACCUGCUGCCGCCGCGGAGCACGCCGGCGCCGGCGAGAAGAAGGGGGACAAGGGCGUGAGCCCCAAGGAGGAGGAGAAAGAGAAGGACAAGGAGAAGAAGCAACAGGCCUCGGAGGAGAAGAAACCCAAGCAGGAGACGGUGCUGCUCAAGAUCCGCCUCCACUGCGACGGCUGCGCCGACCGCAUCAGGCGACGCAUCUACAAGAUCAAAGGCGUGAAGGAUGUGGUGCUGGACGGCAAUGCCAAGGACGAGGUGAAGGUCAUGGGCACCAUGGACAUCCCCAACAUGCUCUCCUACCUCAAGGAGAAGCUCAACCGCGACGUGGAGGCCGUGGCGCCGCCCGCCAAGAAAGACGGCGGCGGCGAGGGCAAGGACGACAAGAAGGACAGCGGCAGCGGCGGCGACAAGAACAAGGGCGCAGCCGAGGCCGGCGGCGACGACAAGAAAGACAAAGGCAAAGGGAUCGACGUGUCGGCGGGCCCGUCCACGGCGGCCGCCGCGGCGUUCAUGGCUGCGCCGGCGGGGGCGAGCACGUACCACGUGGCGCCGCCGUACGGGUACGUGGCGUACCAGCAGGCGCCACCGCCGCCCCCCGCCAGCUACUACCCCUACCCGUACUACGGCAAUGGCGACGGCAUGGGCCACGCCAACCCCUCCUACUACCACCAACAACCGCAGCAGCAGCCCGACGUCAACCAGCAGCCGCAGAUGGCGUACCCGCCGUACCCGUACCGUUUCGACAUGGCGCCGCCGCCGCAGCUCUUCAGCGACGAGAACCCCAACGCCUGCUCCGUCAUGUAACGGAAACGGCCGCCGGCGGCGGCGGCGGCGGCGGUGGGUGUCCCUAGCUUGGUUGCGUCAGCGAGCUCACUGAUCCGUCGUCAGCUUUAACUUAGCCGUCCGGCCGGGAAAAAACUCGACCUGUACAUAUCGUCGUCGAUGAGGAUUCAGCCUUAGUCCAGAGCUCUAGGAUUAAUUUUCUGAUGAAAUUUUGCUUCAUUUGUUUAAUCCUUCCGUUCUUAUCUUCUUCUGAUCAACGCUUGUUCAACUUCAUUUGGUUGAGUUGGUAGUGAAAUUUUGCAACAGACGAGAUGAACUGGUCGACAAUUGCGACUGCAUGCUCAGCUACGUUGAAUCGUGGACUGGUUUGUGGUCUUAGCCGUUUCUCCUAAUUUAAGUUAAUAAUGGCGUUCGGUUCA